GCGGGGGCGGGCGCGGCGGCGGCGGCGGCGGCGGAGCUGCUCAGGUUGCAAGCCCGCAGCCCCCGGCCCUCCUUCCUGCCCGCCUCCCCGGGCGGAGAGCACCCGGCCCGGCCGCCUCUUUCCCCCCUCCCCGUCCCCUUCCCUCUCCCUUCCCUUCCCUCCCGGCCCCGCUGCCAGGGGCGAAGCCGCCCGCCGGGCCCCCGCGGCCUUUUCUCUUGGAUUUUAGUCCUGGAAAACUUUGUAAUGACAGCUGUGCUUAGGAGCUGAGCGUCGUGACCUGCCCUGCUCUUCCCUGCUUGGUGUGGGAACGACCUGAAGGACAUCUUGGAGCUGCCUGUACUGCUUCAUGCAGUUAAAUGUCUCACAUUUGCCAAGGUCUUGCCUGAGAAAAGCAGAGCUGUAACGACACUGGAGCCAAAUCAUUUGGUGUUACUAAUCUGUAGCAGCAGCUGGGUGGAUUAAUCAUGAACUGCUGUUACUGGAGGGAGACAAGUCUGUAUUUGUUCUGAGGUCAUGAAACUUAAUCCACAGCAAGCUCCAUUAUAUGGUGACUCUGUUAUUACAGUGCAGCUGACUGAGGAAGAUAAAGUUGAAGAGGAUGUAGUGUUUUACUUGGUCUUCACUGGCUCAACUGUCCAACACUGCACAAGCACAAGGAAGAUUAAUCCUGGGAGUCUGGAGACAAUUUCUCCUGGCCAUGAUUGCUGUGAGACAGUGAAGGUGGCACUUUGUGCCUCCAGAGAAGGUCAUCCUGUGCUGGUGGUGGCAGAGGAGAGUUUCCAGUUCGUCCAGGAUGAAGCCUACGAUGCUGCCCAGUUUCUGGCCAGCUGCGCCGGCAAUCAGCAGGCACUGAACUUCACCAGGUUCUUGGACAGGUCAAGGCCACCUGCUGCUGAUGUGGACUUCUUGGAUGAGAAAGUGGCUUUGGCCUUCCGGCACCUGAAACUGCCAGCGGAAUGGAACGUGCUGGGAGCAGACCAGUCCCUGACCGAGAACAUCCCUCGGGAGACGCUGAUGCAUUUUGCGGUGAGGCUGGGGCUGCUGCGCCUGACCUGGUUUCUGCUCCAGCAGCCGGGUGGAAGAGGAGCUCUCAGCAUCCACAACAACGAAGGGGCAACGCCUGUCAGCUUGGCUUUGGAGAGAGGUUACCAGAAACUGCACCAGCUUUUGACAGAAGAGGAAGCCAAGGAGCCAGACUCCUGGAGCACUUUGUCUCACACCGUGCACUCCGGGGACUACAGCGUGAAGCACCACCGCGGACUCGACGUUUACAUGCUGACAGCUGAAGCCAAGGAAGGGGCAGCAGCCAGCCUGGAGAGCGACAUUCAGCACCUUCAGAUGCACAUGCAAAGCCACCAGCACAGGAGUUUAAGGCAACAGACAGGGCCUGUACAGGGAGAAUCUGGAGACAGCUGUGCUAAGGAGGAAGAACCAGGUGGUCACCCAACCAUUACUUCUCAGAGCCCAGAAGAAAUGGCAAGAGAAGGAAGACAGGAAAGUCCAUCUGAUCUUGUUCAACUGGACAUGGGGCAGCUCUCAGACCAAAGCCACAAGGAGGAGAAACGCAACAGCAGGAAUUUGGGAGCUUUUAAUGAUGCAGCAAGUGACAUCCUGAGCCCAGAGUGCUUCUGUGGAAGUGAAAAGGCAGUGACGUUGAGUAGAAAGGAAGAGGAGGGGCCAGCCUCUGCUGAAGGCUCAGGGACUACACCAGAGGAGGAGGACUGCACAGUGAGCCUGUGUGCGAGUGUCAACGGUGCCCUACAUCUUCCCUCCUGUGGAAAUACAAAUGAGGAAGCUGGAAUGACAUCUGCUGGAGUUGUGGUGGAUCAGGCCGGCUUGUGCAGUAAAGGUAGUGCCCAGCAGGAAGUGCAGGCUGCUGGGGAGCGUGCAGCUGGCAGCGCUGGUGCUGUGGCUGCAGCUGCAGGCGAAGGCCCAGCUUCCCUGGGGGGUGUGGAUGUGCCUAUGGGGCAGACCGAAUGCAGGAACUGUGCGGGGGCAGCUGAGGGGGCUGCAGGCCAGCAGAAGGGAAAGGAAGGGAUGGCUGAGGCCAGCGGGAGGAGGACUGCAAACCUAGAGCAGCCAUCGCCAGCUAAGGAGGAGUCAGACAGCGCUGCCCAGCCCCUCCUCGGGGCUCUUAAUGGCACCAAGUGUGCAGAUGGGGAGGAUGCAGAUGUGGGAGUGAUGCCAGCGCCUGGUGGGAUGAAUGCUGGAGGUGGCACUGGCAAUGUCUCCACUGACCUUUGCAAGACCAGUGGUGACAAAGAAACUGGAGCAGACUCAUGCACUGAUCAGGUAAACGGUGACUUCUUGGAAAGCAAAAGUGAUGCCAGUGUCACAGAAGGACAGGAUGUCACUGCAAACGCUGGAGUAGUGCUGCCAGCAGUGAAUGGGGUGAAGGUGCACACAUGUGCAGCAAAAUCUGGUCCUGGUUUGGAAAUCCAUGGCAGCAGGAAGCAAGAAGGACAAGUGGAAGCAGGUUUCACAGAUGGGAAAUCCAGCCUACCCUCUCUGACAGACAGUAUGGAAACUGAUGGCACUGAUGGUAAGCCUGCAGAUAGUGGUACUGCUGGAUUUAACCAAAGCAGUGCAGAACCUGCAUGCCACCAGGAAAGCAGUAAGAUCGCUGAACGUGUGGCUGAGGCAGUGGAAAGCAGUGGAGCCUCUGAAGAGGAGUCAGCAGGAACUGAUACCAGCAGCAGCAGCAGAGAUGGAGGAAGCACUGAUUCUGCAGAUGGAGGUCAGGAAGUUGCUGUCUGUCAUACUUCUGUUUGUCACACUGUUGUUGAAGGUGAAAUGGGUGGCAGCUUAAAACCGGACGCUGCUGGAGAGAGCAAACAUGAGCCUGCUUCUCCCCCUCUGGAGGGUGUGAGCGCAAGCUUGGCAGGGAAAGAGCCUGCACCAACUGGAGCAGAGAGCACAGACAGUGCUUCGGAGCUGCGUGGCGAGGUGAGACCGCUCACUCCGCUACCCAGAGGAGCAGAAUCGUCUGCGAGUCAGGAGGGAGAUGCUGCAGUGGCACCUCCCGGGCAGGAGCCAACCCUGCAAGGUAAUGACCCUGGCUUGGCAACGUGUGCCAAGGGCGCAGCCCGUGCAGAGGAUAAUUUAAUAGACACACCCUCUGUAAUUCAUAAUGAGCCAUCUAAACAAAACCAGGAAGCGGCGGUGGUGGCGGCAGAGCUCGCCCGGCAGCGCGGCAGGGAGCAGGGCAGGGUGGCUGCCAGAGCCAGCUGGUGUGGGGACCACGAAGGGGACGAGGGCUCUCUGGAGCAGAGCCUCUCGCAGCAAGCCGAAGGAGGCAAAGCUGAGCCUGAGCAGGAGGCUCAUGCAAGUGGCAGGGAGCAGGUUUUGUCGGAGGAACUUCUUGCUGCUGUUGUGAAACCUUCUGCCUGCAGUCAGGAGGGGCCUGUGGCAGGCGGCAGCGGCACAGAUGCUGGAGUGAAAGGAACAGUCAGUGCCAAAGAAGCAUGCCAGACUGGGGCAGCGGGUGCAGGAGAAGGCACCAUGCACGGACCUGCAUCUGCAGGCAAGUCACAGGAUGUGGAGACUGAGCCUUGCCCGGAUAUGGGUCAGAGCCGAGAGCACGAUCCCAGUCAAACCGUGCAGCAGACCUCCCCACCCAGCGGCACCCCUGGAUUAAAGCCUGCUUCAGAAACGGGAGCCCCAAGCAAUGCCUGUGAGGGCAAGGAAGUGUCAAGGCCAGUGACAAUCUCUGCCGUGGCAGCGUACCCAGAGGAGCAGGAGGACGCGGACAGCCUGCUUCCCCGGGCAGCCCUGCAGCCCAUUGCAGAGGAGCCCACGUGUGACAGCGACUCCAGCACCGACACCGUUUGUCCAGCUGCUGAGAGUGAUGCUGGUCCCUUCGCCGGAGCGGCUCAGGAGGAGGCCUUGGCUGAGCCUGAGGGCGAGCAGGGCCGAGCUGUCCCCGAGUCGCCCUUCUCGCCGUGUCCGUGCCGCUUGCGUGAUGCCGAGGCAGCCGUGCUAGAAACUGUGGAAGUAAAGAGCUCGGCUUUGGCAGGUGAUGGCUCCUCUCUGGAUAAAGUUCCUCAAAUGGUGAAGAGUUUUGAUGCAGUGGUGUUUGCAGCAGAGACACCUUGUUCCCCUGCUUUACCAGCCGCAGAAAAGGAGGGUCUGGAGCCACAGGCUGCAGUGGAAGUGAGAGCCGACCUUGAUGGAGAGGCCGAUUUAAGCUCCUCAGCUAAGAAGAGGGAUGCCAACCCAGCACUGCAACCAGCUGAGCCUGCUACAGGGAAGCUGGAAAUGAAAACUGAAGACGAGGUGGAUUAUCUGAAGGAUGGUGACAAGAGUGCAGCCCAGGAGGAAGUGAUAAACCGUGAGAGUUGGUGUUCUCUGGAGCCAUGCCCUGAUGCUGCCCUGCUGGAGCGCAAGCGGACGCGGGACUCUCCAGAAUGUGAGAACUUCUUGGAGGAUGGGCUGAGUAGCGUCUGCGCUUCAUCACAGAGUGUCCUCAAAAGAGAGUCUGGGAGUGAGUCUGACCUCUUCCCCUUGUCUGGUGAUGGGAUGGAAGACCUCGUCUUUGGAAAGCAGCCUGAAGAGGAGCAGUCUGCUUGUGACAUCACCAGCUCCAGUUCCUCUGCGGAUGACACCAUGUCCCUGGAGAGGAACUCAUCCCUAGGCAGCGACACAUCCCUUCCUUUCCCACCAACGGUGAACUUUGUCCAGCCCAGGGACAGGCACAGCCUGGAUGGCAGCUGCACCAACAUGGUGGCUGCAGAGGGAGGAGAGAAGGAAGAGGAGCUGGACAGCAUCACAGAUGUGCCCACUCACUCCUCUGUCUUACGGAACUCCAUGCGGCCGCUCUCGCCCUUCCGUCGCCAUAGCUGGGGGCCAGGCAAGAAUGCCACCAACGAGGCAGAAAUAAAUCAGAGGAGUUACAGCUUAGAAGGCCUUGCUGGAGACUCUGGUGAGAACAAGAAGCCCUCUACAAACUUGGAGGCUUCUUCUCUGAGCUCCAAAGACCCCAGGCGAAGUCCACUUGCCAGCAACCAGUGUGGGUCCCUGGUCUUACUCACUGAAGAACUUGAGCAAGGGGAAAUCAGAGACUACAGCCACCAGAUGCAUCAAACGUCGCAGCCGCAAGGAUUUAAUUUCUGCUCCUCCACUGUUUCGUCUCCGCUGACCAAAUCGAUGUCUCUCAUGUCAAUUAGCAAACCAGUGCUGGACACCCAGGGCCGGACUCGACCAUCGAGACGAAUCUCCUUCUCCUUCAGCAUCUCUCCACUCAUUCCUAAGUCUAAAACUCUCUUUUCUAUUGGCUCUUCUUCCAGUGAUGAUGAGGAGGAGUUGGAUAGUACGCAGGCGUUCGGCGGCCCCGCGGGUUCCCCGGCUCAGAGCAUAUCUGAAGAAAGCAGCAGUGUCCCCACCGGGAAAGGCGUCACGAAAGUCAGUCGCACCUUCAGCUACCUCAGGAAUAAAAUGUCCAGCAGCAAGAAGAGCAAAGAAAAAGAGAAAGACAAGGAGAAGACUAAAGAGAAGGACAAAGAUUCCAAGGAGAAGGAAAAAGAUAAGAAGCUGUUAAAUGGGCAUCUCUUCACUGCAACCUCUGUUGUAGCCCAAGCAACCUGUUACCACUGUAUGAAGCCUUUCAACAAGGAUUCGUACUACUGUGCAAACUGCAAUGCAAUUGUUCACAAAGGCUGUAAGGAGAGUUUUUCUUCUUGUGCAAAGGUCAAAAUGAAGCCACAGAGAGGGAUGCUGCAGGCGCAUGAUACCUCUUCAUUACCCACAGUCACCAUGAGAAACAAAAGCUCCCAGCCGAAGGAGCGUCCUCGCUCUGCCAUCCUUGCUCCAGAUGAGAACACUGUGACCUCCAUAUUCAAUAACAGGAGGUCACAGCAGACUGCAGCUCUUUCCAAAAGUGUCUCCAUACAGAACAUUGCAGGAGUUGGGAAUGAUGACAGCUUGAUACACACUUGGAAGUUCCUGUCGCAGUCAACAGACUCCUUGCAUAAAAUCAGCAGGGUGAACGAGUCCAUGGAGUCGCUGGUUGAUGAAGGUGCAGACAUGAACGAAGGACAGCUGAUGGGAGACCUGGAAUUGGAUUCCAAGCAACUGGAGGCAGAAUCUUGGAGCCAAGUAGUGGACAGCAAGUUCCUACAGCAGCAAAACAAAGAUGUUGUCAAACGGCAAGAUGUCAUUUAUGAGCUCAUGCAGACUGAAAUGCAUCAUGUCCGCACCUUGAAGAUCAUGAACGAUGUGUACAGCGCAGGGAUGCUGGAGGAGCUGCAGUAUGAUCAGCAAGUGGUGGACAAGAUUUUUCCAUGCCUGGAAAACUUGCUGCAAAUCCACAGUCACUUCUUCCAGCGAAUUCUGGAAAGGAAGAAGGAGUCACUGGCAGACAAAAGCGAAAAGAACUUUGUUAUCAGGAGGAUAGGUGACAUCCUAGUGAAUCAAUUCUCUGGGGAGAAUGCUGAGCGAAUGAAGAAAACCUACGGCAAGUUCUGCGGGCAUCACAACGAGGCAGUGAAUAACUUCAAAGAUCUCUACUCAAAGGACAAGAGGUUUCAGGCAUUUGUCAAGAAAAAAAUGAGCAGUGCCCUGGUGAGGCGUCUUGGGAUUUCAGAGUGCAUCUUGUUGGUCACCCAGAGAAUCACAAAGUACCCAGUUCUUCUGCAAAGGAUACUGCAGUACACCAAAGACAACGAAGUGGAGCACGAAGACUUGACCCAGUCGCUGAACCUCGUCAAAGAUGUGAUCGCUGCAGUCAACAGCAAAGUCAGCAACUACGAGAAGAAGAUGCGCCUGGGGGAGAUCUACAGCCGGACGGACAGCAAGUCCAUCAUGAGGAUGAAGAGCGGCCAGAUGUUCGCCAGGGAGGACCUGCGGCACCGCAAGCUCAUCCGCGACGGGCCUGUGUCCCUGAGGAGCGCGGCUGGACGGCUGAAAGAAGUCCAGGCUGUGCUCCUCUCUGACAUGCUGGUCUUCCUUCAGGAGAAGGACCAGAAGUAUGUCUUCGCCUCACUGGACCAGAAAUCCACUGUGAUCUCUCUGAAAAAGCUGAUUGUACGAGAAGUGGCUCACGAAGAGAAGGGUUUGUUCCUGAUCAGCAUGGGUGUGAAAGACCCUGAGAUGGUGGAGGUCCGUGCCAGCUCCAAAGAGGAGCGUAACGGCUGGAUACAGAUCAUUCAAGACACGAUGAACACCAUGAGCAAAGAUGAAGAUGAAGGAAUCCCUUGUGAGUCCGAGUUUGAAAAGAAAGUGUCAGAUGCAAAAGUGAGAGGACUGAAAGAACAACUUCAGCAGAAGGAUAAGCAGAUCCUCCUCUUGCUGGAGGAGAAGUCUAAGAUCUUCCAGGACAUGGCAGAUAGCUCCGUGCAGGAAGACAUGCCUGGCUCCAGGCUGCUCUUCAGAGCCAACACAGAAGAGGCACCAAAAGGAGAGGCCAUUAUGAAAACUGCAAUAAAUGAAGUUGAACUCCUGCAAGAUCUGGUGAACAGGAGCUUGGGCACUGCCCUCGGACAGCAGGUCAGCAGCACUGCCAUGGAACAAGAAGGAGGAGUUGGCCCCAUCUCUCUCCCUAGAAGAGCAGAAACGUUUGGUGGAUUUGACAGUCAUCAGAUGAACGCCUCCAAGACAAAGCAGAAGGGAGGUGCUUCCUCCUGCAAAGAGGUGGAAGGUCCCAGGACGUGGCGCAGGAGAGAAGGUGGAGCAAAAGAUGAAGGCGACGAUGCUCAGGACCUUCGAAGAACGGAGUCGGACAGCAUUUUAAAGAAGGGCGGAAAUGCUAAUCUGAUGUUCAUGUUGAAAAGGAAUAACGAGCAGGUCCUCCAGACCAUUAGCAGCCUCCACAAGCUGCUCAGCGCUUUGCAGGGCGUUGUGCUGCAGCAGGACACCUACAUUGAGGACCAGAAGCUGGCUCUGAGCGAGAGGGCUCUGAGCCGAAGCUUCUUCCGUCCGACCUCGCUGCUGGAGCAGGAGAAGCAGCGCAACCUGGAGAAGCAGCGCCAGGAGCUGGCCAACCUGAAGAAGCAGCAGACGCAGCACCAGGAGGAGAGGCGGAGGAGAGAGAAGGAGUGGGAAGUCCGGGAGAAGGAGCUAGCAGAGCAGGAGGCCCACCUGGCCCAGCGAGAGGAGCAGGUGCAGAGGGGGUGGCAGGAUCUGGAGCGGGAGCGAGAGGAGCUGCAGGUGAAGAAGGCAGCCUACCAGCUCGACCUGGAGAGGCUUCGUGCGGCGCAGAAGCAGCUGGAGAGGGAGAAGCUGCAGUUCAAGCAAGACGUGGAGCGGUUAGCUCAGGUGCGGCAGGAGCCUGACCACAACCAGGUCUCAAAUCUACAUGAAAAACUUGCAAGAGUCUCCUCUCAGUCCAGCGUGGAUGACUCCUCCAAGCAGAAGAGCCCUUCCCUUCCCAAACAAGGGCACUUUGAUGCAGAACUCUCUGUCUCCCCCAAAAGGAACAGUCUUUCAAGGACACACAAAGAGAAAAGCACUUUCCAUUUGCUUAGCACAACAAACCAGACUAACAAGGCAGCUGAGGAACAGCCCCAGAUGCCUACUCGCCUCUUCAGUUUAUCCAAACCAAAGGAGAAGAAGGAAAAGAAGAAAAAGGGCAGGGGACAUCGCUCCCAACAGUCUGAUUCUCACUCAUCAGAAGCACCUCCAGAAGGUGAGGAGAUCUUCUGCUGAGCAGGGACGGUAGCGGCGCUCACUCGGCAUUGGUACAGUGGACAUCUCCCUGCCCGCUCCACAGCACACGGCUGGUGCCUGCAUCUGACAAGCAUUGGGAGGGUUUAAAUAAGACAUGUGAGGAGGUCUGCUGAGUGUGGUGGGAAGGGGCCUCUCUCUCCUGUGGCUUUGCCUGGAUUCUCACCCACAGAGGCAGAGUGCACAGUACUGGCUCUCUGUGCAAACCUUGGGUUAAAUGGAUUGGGAUAGAUGUUUUCUUACUGCUGAAGGAUGAGAGAACGUAGCCUUAAGGGGUCUGUGCCUUCAAAUUCCCCUUUUCUGGGGAAAGUAACCAAAACCAAGCAUUUAGGGAAAGAUGAGGCCUCUGCCAAUGGUGCCUGCACACUGGCAUAUCUGGAGAUGCUGGAUUGAUCCACCUGUGUGUCCACUGGGAUAUGCUCACAGUCCGUACAGCCAAGCCUAGCUCGGCCCGGGGGGGAUCCAUGAUUCCUGAUGACUUUCAGGGAGCGUGUAGAUAUUAAAUAUCUUGCCCUUACUGCUCCUGUUGUAACCUCUCUUCUCUGCUGAUGGAUAGAAUCUGGUUUCAGAAUGCUACCUUACACCAGGAAGCAGUAACAGCAUUCCAAACAAAAAACCUUGGGGUGGGGGAGGGGAGAGGAAGUAAAAAAAAACCCACAAGAAAAUUCAAAUAAUUCCAAAAAGCUUCCACGGGGCAGAGGAUUUAAAUGUCAAGAAUGUCAAGCUGUUUCCAGGCUCAAGCAGAACAUCUUUGGGUAUAUUGAAAAGGAUGCUGAAAGGAGAAAUCCAGUAGGUUUGUGAGGCAGCCCCAGGGAGACAGAAGAGUGUUCAAGUGGGAAGAACUCUAAGCAACGCUUUUCUAAGCAAUCUCUUGGAGCUCCAGCUCGUUCCUGCCCAUCCCCUGAGUAAAGAUCAUUUGCUUGGACAGAAUAUGGUUCUCCAGUUGCAUUUGAUGUCCUUUCAUUGCAAGCUUGAUGACUUUCUGGAGAGAUGGCUGAAAAUCUGCUUUUAGGGACCUCUAUUCUAUUGUUUGCAUUUUUCUCCCCCUGCUUUUUGGGAUACCCUUGGGCUCCUGUUCCUCCGGCUCGUGUCAGCUUCCCUUGCUCAUUUCUAAGGUGGAAUGAGACCUUAGAGAAUGAGAGCAAUUUCAGACCACUUCAGGGGCCCUGAGUGCUGUGGGUAGAGUGAACUCCUUGUCCCUGUGCCUGUGCAGCACCGUGCACUUACUAACCACUGCUGGGGAGAAAAUACAUCUCAUGGGCAAGGCACAGGUCCCCAGCUCCAGCUUGGCAGGUUCCUUUCCAUUGCUGUGGUCUCAUGUUGCCGUCAGCAGAAGGGGAAUGUCUAAGGGUGGCUUUGCCUGCCCUGUCUGUGGGGUGUUUAUACAGCUGUUGAAGGCAGGGAUGUGCUCAGUGGGGGAAGAGAAAUGCAGCAAGCCAAACGUUUUCCCCAAAUUACCAUUCUUCCAGAUCCUCUCCGGGGGAUUUCCCGAGCGGAUUCGUACCGACGCUAUCAGCUCCAACAUAGCUCAAGGGUUUGCUCAGAGUUUGAAGCUGUCAAGUGCAUUUCCUUUCCUACUAGUUUUCCUUUAACCACCACGCCACAGCCUUUCUCCUCUUGCACUCUUGUUGCAACCUCACCUUGCUCUCUGCCUUCUCACAAGCCAGGAACCCACAGCAGUUCUCAGAGCUGAGUGCUGCUGAGCAUCAGCAACAGCGAUGGUGAGGUGGAUGCUUGGUCUGGGUCCCUUCUUGGUCAGUGCAGGAAUCCUAAGCUGCCUGCUUGCUUUUGAAGCUCUCUAAACUAUUAAGACUCAAAAGAUGAAAGAAAAACAGAAAAGAAAAAAAAAAAAAAAGAGGAAAAAAAAAGAGGAAGAAGAAAGGAAGAAAAGGUCGAGGUUUAUUUUUCUUUUGCCUUUUUAAAUAGCAUUUGGUGCUCAUUUGUAACUGCAAGCAGGGCUUGCAAAAAAUAUUUCUCUUUCUGUUUAUUUGAAAGAGUUCCUUUUUUUUUAAACACCUUUACCUGGGUUUAUUUUGUUGUUAUUUUUGAGGGGUUUUGUUUGUUUGUUUGUUUUUUAGUUUGCUUUUGUUGUUUGUAGAGUUUUGAGAGUGAAUUUUGUUCUCUUUUUUUUUUUUGUUUUGGUUUGUUUGUUUUCUUACCAAAUGUUCUUAGUCUCUCUGGUUCCUACAAAACCAGAUUUGGGCAGUGCUGCUUAGCAGACAGUGCCGUGCCUUGAGUCACAGGAUUUCAAGCAGAGAGCUUUCUUGAAGGCAGAGCAUCUUGGGGGGCCUAAAAAAAACAAAGACUGGAAAAAGCAGCAGUGACUUCAGACCAGGCUCCUCCUAGCAGUUAGUUUCCUUGUUUAAGUAUUUUGUCGAGGUUUUUUCACAUAAAUCUUGGGAGGGGAAAGGAAAAAAAGCAAAACAUUGGAGCACCUUGCAGGGAUGUGAGGGUCUGGUUACUUCUCUAGGGGGGAUCCAGGCAGCUUUCCUCCUGAAGCUGAAAGAAGCUGGAGCAAGCAGGUGCUGGGCUGUUAUCUUUUGCAGUAGAAAAACAACUAAAAUGACUAAACAACUAAAAUCACCAAAUGACUCCUGCUCUGCUGCUGGUACAUCUGUGAAAAUGAAUGUGCCAAGCUGAAAUGUUUGGAAACCAGAGCAGUGCAUGGCUCAUUUGCUGUUGUAUAAACAGAGAGCAGUCCCCAGUAUUUCUGAAAGGUCCCCUCACUCUCUAAAAGCUUUGCCAGGUUUUCUUUUCAUCUCUGCUUUCCCCCCCACCCAGUCCCAACACAUCUUGAAUUCACAACCUGGGCAUGCCCCCAUGCUUCUGAGAAGGGCAUCAAAAGGGAGACAUAGGACAGCAGGGCUGAAUCUGUGCCUGGCUUGACUAUCCCUUCUGACCUGUGCAAAAAGAGCAUUGAGUGCCCUAAGUGCAAACAGUGUUUGCUGAGUGAUCUCCUGAGGUCCCUAUGGUUCCUUGUCAAAAGAAACCACAGGCAUGAGUCAGGAAUACACUGACCAGAAACCCUGCACAUCAAAGCUGUGUCUUAAAUUCUGGUGGACAGACCUUUGUCCUUGGAGACUGUAUCUGUAUGAUUCACUUUUUCGGAACGAAGCCUUUACUCCCACGCUGCUUCCUCCUCCUUUCACCUUUAGGUAGGCAAGGGCUUGGGUUUAUGUCUUCAGCCUUUUAUCUCACCACUCUCAGGUUUUGUUUGGAAAGCAUAGGUUUCCCAGAGUCAGGUUCCCACUCUGAUGCCUGAAGGUUGCCUUGAGUUGUCUGAUGGAGUGCAGUCCCAAAGCCUUCCUUCUUCCUCGCCUUAACAUGGCACUUGCUCCAGUUCCAGGCCUGGCAUCCAUCUGGCAGUUAUGGAAAGCAGCCACCUGCCUGCUGGUGUGGCUGCUUCACAGAGCUGGGCCCUUGAUCCCCUUUGGAGCCCCCAGACUACCCUGUUUUGCACAGGGCUCUUGGGACACAGAGCAGGUUCAGAGAUGUCUGUGGGAAGCCCCUGUUGUUGGAGGGGGAAGAGGACCCUGCAAGGGCUCUUGAAGGUUUUUGUGCUUGUGCUUCAUGGAGGGCAGAAAUCAGAUUUCUUUUCUUGGGCUUGUUUUAGUCUGGUCUUUAUCAUUGCCCAGCAGAGGGGGUUUAAUGACUGAGGAGGUAAGAGUGGAGGUUCAGAUGAAUGCAGAAGUGGUCAGUACCAGCCAGGGGUGCCAUAACACCCCAGCUGGAGACAGCAGCUGUAACAAACGGUGUGAGACUCAAUGGAGGUGUUUUUGGGGUCAGCCUUAGCUUCUUUUAAACCAAGUGAUCAUCUCAACGUGUAACUUGAUGUCAGUUUGAUGCCAUAAAGCACUUUAAAUGGAA